AUGCAACGUUUUUGUUUGAGUAGAAUUCUUCGAAAAAAAAAAGAUUGCAAAAUCAUCUUUGAUUGUAAACUUACCGAAAGUAUUUUGAAGACGAAAGGAAAGCAGCAGGAAGCAAAGCGACAAACAUUUAACCCAUUUGGAAAUUGUCUUCUCAUUUCACCACUCAAUUUAAGUUUAGUCAAAAUCAGUCACAACACUCACAAAUCAAGAGCGACAGGAAAAUGCGCAGAAGCAUUAAACAGUCUGAACAACUUCAGGUUGUUUUCUCUGUUUUUGGAUAUGAAUCAAACCUCAUACGGUGCAGGUCUUCCAGCAUUUAUUAAGGAAAGUUUUGCUUUUGAAUUCGAGGGAACUAGUGAAAUCGUCUUUUUGUUGUUGACAAAAUCAAUUGAAAAUUCAUGA